GCCGGGUGGAGGGCCAGUCUGGGCAGGGAGCUGUCUCUGCCCCUCUCGGGCUCCGGCUUAGGCUGCAGUUUCAGAGCUGUCCAGAAAGCGAUUUUAUUACUAUUAUUCUUAUCUUUUCCAAAGAAUGACUGGCAUAGAAGCAUAAUCCUCUCAUACUCCGGAGUUGCACUACAUUCUCCUGAAUCCUGGGUCUCGUGAUCGUCAUGCUGUGAUGUGUGCGGAGGGAGAAAUUGAAAAGAAAAAGGAAGAAGGGAAGGCAGAAAAGAAAGAAAGAAAAAGAAAGGAAGGAAGGAAAAGAAGGAAAGAAAAUACAACUUACAAACUGUCAAAUCUUACAGAGGUUAUGUGCCUUCUGCCAACUUAUUGCUCAAGUGUUUCGGCUCCAUGUUGGAGCUUUGAGAUGAUAGUGGAAGUUCUCAUUGCUAGAAAUUUGGAUUAGACUCAGGUCAUCACCUACAUAACUUGCAUCUGACUGCAUUUUGGACAUGACUGAGGCUCUUCAAUGGGCCAGAUAUCACUGGCAGCGGCUAACCGGUGGCACAAACAGGGAUAGGGAUGACAAUGAGAGGCCAUACAGCUAUUCCUCGCUAUUUGCCUGCGGGUGCAAAUCUUCUCAAACCCCCAAACCAACAGGAAAGCACCGGGUUGUUGUUCCUCAUCUCAGGCCCUUCAAGGAGGAAUAUGAAAAGUUCACUGGAACCUACGUGAAUAAUCGAAUCCGAACAACAAAAUACACGCUUCUAAAUUUUGUGCCAAGAAAUUUAUUUGAACAGUUUCACAGGGUCGCCAAUUUAUAUUUCCUGUUUCUAGUUGUCCUGAACUGGGUGCCUUUGGUAGAAGCCUUCCAGAAGGAAAUUACAAUGCUGCCUUUGGUAGUGGUCCUCACUAUCAUUGCAAUUAAAGAUGGCUUGGAAGAUUACCGAAAAUACAAAAUUGACAAACAGAUCAACAACUUAGUAACCAAAGUUUAUAGUAGGAAAGAGAAAAAAUAUGUUGACCAAUGUUGGAAAAAUGUUACAGUUGGGGACUUUAUUCGCCUUUCCUGUAAUGAGGUCAUUCCGGCAGAUAUGGUCUUACUUUUCUCCACUGAUCCAGAUGGAAUCUGUCACAUUGAGACUUCUGGUCUUGAUGGAGAGAGCAAUUUAAAACAGAGACAGGUGGUUCGAGGAUAUGCAGAGCAGGACUCUGAAGUUGACCCUGAGAAAUUUUCCAGUAGGAUAGAAUGUGAAAGUCCAAACAAUGACCUUAACAGAUUCCGAGGCUUCUUAGAACAUUCCAACAAAGAACGAAUGGGUCUCAGCAAAGAAAAUUUAUUACUUAGAGGAUGCACCAUUAGAAACACAGAAGCAGUUGUGGGCAUUGUGGUUUAUGCAGGCCAUGAAACCAAAGCAAUGCUGAACAACAGCGGUCCAAGAUACAAACGCAGUAAAUUAGAAAGAAGAGCAAAUACAGAUGUCCUCUGGUGUGUCCUGCUUUUGGUUGUGAUGUGUCUAACUGGUGCAUUGGGUCAUGGAAUCUGGCUGAGUAGAUACGAGAAUGUACCCUUUUUUAAUAUCCCAGAGCCUGAUGGGCAUGUCAUAUCACCAGUGUUGGCAGGAUUCUACAUGUUUUGGACCAUGAUCAUUUUGUUACAGGUCUUGAUUCCCAUUUCUCUCUAUGUUUCUAUUGAAAUUGUGAAGCUUGGGCAAAUAUAUUUUAUUCAAAGUGAUGUGGACUUCUAUAAUGAGAAAACGGAUACAACAGUUCAGUGCAGAGCCCUGAACAUCACUGAAGAUCUUGGACAGAUUCAGUACCUCUUUUCUGAUAAGACAGGGACCCUCACUGAGAAUAAGAUGGUUUUUAGAAGAUGCAGUGUGGCAGGCUUUGAUUACUGUCAUGAAGAAAAUGCCAAGAGGUUAGAGUCCUACCAAGAAGCUCUCUCUGAAGAUGAAGAUUGUGUGGACACUCGUGCAGACACUCCCUAUGGCUCCCUCAACAAUAUGGUGAAGCUGAAGGCUCCUAGCUGCGGGGCAGUUCAUAAUGGGCCUUUGGGAAGUAAAUCCUCGAAUUAUCUUGCUGAGAGCUGUUUUGCACUAGGAAGUGGAGAAGGAGCCAGUGAAGUGCAUCAUUCCAGACAGGCUGCUUUCAGUAGCCCCAUUGAAACAGAUGUGGUACCAGAUACAAGACUUCUGGAGAAAUUCAGUCAGAUUAGUCCCCAGCUCUUUACCCCACCAGACGAGGCUAUCUCAGAUCCACCACUAGAGACUUUGUACAUCAUUGACUUCUUUAUUGCUUUGGCAAUUUGCAAUACAGUUGUUGUUUCUGCUCCGAAUCAACCUCGGCAAAAGGUUGGACUUUCUUCACUGAGUAUAAUGCCCAUUAAGUCAUUAGAAGAAAUUAAAAAUCUUUUCCAAAGGUUGUCUGUUCGAAGAUCAAGUUCCCCUUCUCUUGCCAGUGGCAAAGAACUUUCUGGGGUCCCAAACCCCUUUGUGAGUAAACUCUCUCUCUUCAGUCGAAUGAAGCUGGCUUCACCCGUGGAGGAAGAGGUCUCCCCGACAAGUGAGAGUCUCCAAGGCUCUAGCACUUCAGCUUGCCCUUCAGAAAUAGAAAAACCAGAUAGUGAUGCAGGCGUCACAAAUGUCAAAGUGGAGUCCCUCCCAGGACAGCCUUUGGCCUCCAACCUAUGUUAUGAGGCUGAGAGCCCAGAUGAAGCAGCCCUCGUGUAUGCUGCCAGGGCUUACCGGUGCACUUUGCAGUCCCGGACACCAGAACAGGUCAUGGUGGACUUCACCGCUUUGGGACCAUUAACAUUUCAACUCCUACACAUCCUGCCCUUUGACUCAGUGAGGAAAAGAAUGUCUGUUGUGGUCCGGCACCCCCUUUCCAAUCAAGUUGUGGUGUACACAAAAGGUGCUGAUUCUGUAAUCAUGGAGUUGCUCUCUGUGUCUGAACCAGAUGGAGGAAAUCUGGAAAAACAACAGAUGAUAAUAAGAGAGAAAACCCAGGAACAUUUGGACAACUAUGCCAAACGAGGCCUACGCACUUUAUGUAUAGCAAAGAAGGUCAUGAGUGACAGUGAAUAUGCAGAGUGGCUGAGGAACCAUUUUUUAGCUGAAACCAGCAUUGACAACAGGGAAGAAUUACUACUUGAAUCUGCUAGGAGGUUGGAGAACAAAUUAACAUUACUUGGUGCUACUGGCAUUGAAGACCGUUUGCAAGAGGGAGUCCCCGAGUCUAUAGAGGCCCUUCACCAAGCCGGGAUCAAGAUCUGGAUGCUGACAGGGGACAAGCAGGAGACAGCUGUCAACAUUGCUUACGCAUGCAGACUCCUGGAGCCAGAUGACAAGUUUUUUGUCCUCAAUACCCAAAGUAAAGAUGCCUGUGCGAUGCUGAUGGGCACAAUUUUGAAAGAACUUAAGAAGAAUUCAGCCUCUUCAAAGCAGGCAUCAUUAAAUGCAGCCAUCCACCAACCUCUUGCCUCCCAGGACUCAGGGCCUCGGGCUGGACUCAUCAUCACAGGGAAGACCCUAGAAUUUGCCUUACAGGAGGAUCUGAAGAAGCAGUUCCUGGAACUGACUGCUUGUUGCCAGGCUGUGGUCUGCUGCCGAGCCACACCUCUGCAGAAAAGUGAGGUGGUGAAACUGGUACGCAACCAUCUUCAAGUGAUGACCUUGGCCAUUGGUGAUGGUGCCAAUGAUGUUAGCAUGAUACAAGUGGCAGACAUUGGAAUAGGCAUCUCAGGUCAAGAAGGCAUGCAGGCUGUGAUGGCCAGUGACUUUGCUGUUUCUCAGUUUAAACAUCUUCAAAAGCUCCUUCUUGUCCAUGGGCACUGGUGUUACACACGCCUUUCCAACAUGAUUCUCUAUUUUUUCUACAAGAAUGUGGCCUAUGUGAACCUCCUUUUCUGGUACCAGUUCUUCUGUGGGUUUUCAGGAACAUCUAUGACUGACUAUUGGGUUUUGAUUUUCUUCAACCUCCUUUUCACAUCGGCCCCGCCUGUCAUCUAUGGUGUUUUGGAGAAAGAUGUCUCUGCAGAAACCCUUAUGCAACUGCCUGAACUUUACAAGAGCGGUCAGAAAUCAGAGGCAUACUUACCUCUCACCUUCUGGAUCACUUUGCUGGAUGCCUUUUAUCAAAGCCUGGUCUGCUUCUUUGUGCCUUACUAUACUUACCAGGGAUCAGACAUUGAUAUCUUUACAUUUGGAAAUCCCCUGAACACAGCUGCUCUGUUCAUCAUUCUUCUUCACUUGGUAAUUGAAAGCAAGAGUUUGACUUGGAUCCACAUGUUGGUCAUUAUUGGUAGUGUCUUAUCUUAUUUUUUCUUCGCGUUGAUUUUUGGAGCCUUGUGUGUAACUUGCAACCCACCAUCGAACCCGUAUUGCAUUAUGCAAAAGCACAUGCUGGACCCAGUGUUCUACUUAGUUUGUGUCCUCACAACCUGUGUUGCUCUUCUGCCCAGGUUUAUAUACCGAAUUCUUCAGGGAUCCUUAUUUCCAUCUCCAAUUCUGAAGGCUAAGCACUUUGACAAACUGACUCCAGAGGAGAGGAGUGAAGCUCUCAAGAAGUGGAGAACAGCUGGAAAAGUGAAUCAGAUAACAGCUGGAAAAGUGAAUCAGAUGGCCACAGAGUAUAACCCUGGCCUUGUGAGGGAGCAGACCUGUGACUGACUCUGCUCUUGGCAAUGAUGUCAGCAUCUUGUGCUAUUGAGCAAAGCAACUUACCUGUACAUGAAACUGUUUCAGACUCAGACUGCACUGAAAUGAAGGCCUUGGGGGAUGGCCAGACCCUGAAAAAACAAUAACAACAACAAAAAAAAUAUAUACCCUCCUUGGAAUUUGUAAGUAUUCCUUCAAGUUUGGAACAGACUUUGAAGAGGCACUUCUACCAAGCAAGAAGGACUUGGCUUUUUCCUUAAGAAAUAACACAUUUUACUGGAAUAGGAGAAGCCAAUAUGAUGAUCUUUAUCCUAUACUUAUAGCCACAUGUGUAAAAGAGGCUAACACAUGACCCGGACAGAGUUUAAAGGAGUAAAAUCCUUAGUUCAAAAUUGAAUGCUUUUGUGAAACUUUUUGGAUUUCAUAAAAGCAUUUAUAGUUGUCUUAAGAAUGCAAAACAAUUUCAAGCAGGUUUAUUUGAGAUCUCUGGGAGAUAAUCUGAUUCUAGGAAAAAUGCAUUAAAUGAGGCUCUCAUUCUAACUUUUUUUUAAAUUAAGAACAAAAGAGUGCUGUUUAAGUUAUUAUUCAAAACUCAGAAGAGACUCCAUGUGGAAAAAAGAAACUAUAGAAGCUUAAUUUCCUGGGGGGGAAUCCUAAGAGACUUUAAACAAUAAUGUACCUAAGAUAUGACAACAAAGGCACUAUUUGGAAUGUAGUUAGUAAUUAUUAAUAGCUUUUUCUUCUCUAGAGAGAAGAAAAGAGAGAAGCUAUUGGUUUUCUGACAGGAGGUGGCAGACAAGCCUCACUUCAUUUCAGUGUUCUUCUGAGAUGGAGUCUUCAUUGGCAAAGUCAGAGGGGAUGACAGGAUUCUCAUUGGAACUUGUUCUUUCUGAGCUUUCAGUCAAAAGAAGACCUUCUAUGUGGUCCUGCCUUGGUGCAUAUACUAUAACUGGGAAAUAGGACUGAUAUAUAAGGAAGACAGAAUCAGCUGAGCCUAUAGCUCAUAUGACAAUUUCCUGUAUUUUAAAACUGGCAAAAUGAGACAAUCAGUGUCUAAACAAUCUUCAAGAGCCUGUUUUGGAGGCUUGUCAUUUUUAAAAUACCCAUUAUCUUUCCUGUGCUGUGACUUCUAAACACAUGAUAUGAAUUGAGGCUAAUGCAGGGAGUUCUCAGUAGGAUAUCAAGAGGUUCUUAUUUUUAAAUAUUUUUAAAUAUUCUCUAGGACAGGAAUAUCUGUAUUGAGUUGACUGCUCUUGUACAUUAUAUAUGCUGGUUUUACUUGGAAUAAAGAAGCCAUACCAAGUAAAUCCCGGUGUUACUGAAAGAUCAUGUGCUCUUGUUAAGUUCUUUUAAAAUUCUGGAUCUAUUUAUCUGAAAAUUGCCUAUUACCAAAUAUCCAAAAUUUCCUUCAUGAAAUCUUCACGCUAAUGUUCCAUGUCUAUAUCAAGAUCUUCUUAAUAACUAUUAAAACCAUUAUUCUCAGGGCUUAAUCUGGCUGCUGCUUACAAUUUUGGUAUGACAUUUUUUGUAGCCUUCUGACGUUAUUGCAAGUAGUCUUUUAUGUAGACCAUCAUUUCUAGAACUCUCAAAAUUCUACGUGGUUAAUGGAAGUUGCUUUCUGCUUCCUUAUGAUUUUAUUAAUAUAAAUUGUUUAAUAAAUAACAUGUACUGGAAAACUGUCA